AGACAGACGAAUUUUGCAAUGUCGUAUGGAAGCUUCGCAAUCAAACAAAUACACAAAGAGAGUGGCUCAAGAAAGAGAACCGAGAGAGCAUCGUUGUGUAUAUCGACUAUUGGGAGCACAGUAUAUAAAACAACAGAAAAACUUAUUUUGUAUGGCGUUGUUGUGUAUGUGUGGUUGUUUUUCAAUUAGUGUGUUUCAGGUUUUUUUUCUCUCUCUAUAUCUUGUCUUAGCUGUAUGCUCAGUAUGCGUUUGGCAUAGCAUCGACGAGUCUCACAUCGGACAAGUAUAACAUCUGAAUAAAGUGAAAUUUUGUUUUUCCUUCAUCUCUUCCCUCCACGGAUUUGUUUCGUUUUUUUCUCUUCGUUUCUUCUGUUUUAUUUUUGCACUGCUUACUUUUACCAGCAAUCGAGCUGGAGGCCAACAGACCAAUCAGCAGUAGCAACAUAACGCGUACCAAAGUGAAUGAAAAAAUCAAACUAUUUGUAUUUCCCUCAUCAAAAAUAAAAGUCCAUGGAAAAAACAAGAAGCAACAACUAAACUAAAUAAUUGAAAAAAAAGGGAAUCACAGUGUCAGCAAAAUUGCAAGGCGAUUUUUUGAGACCAUCGGAAAAAGUAGUGCUUUGUGUGUUUUAAAAAAAAAUGUUGCGAUUUGGAUAGAGUGAUAAAUGACAAUUGCAAGAUACCAUCGAAUUAAUAUAUACACGAAACGAGAGCAAGCCACCACCAACAAUAACAGCAGCACAACUAACAACAACAAAAAUUCAGAGAGACUACACAAUUUCAUGUGUGUUGCGUGUUAACUGUUAAAAAUUGAAAUGGGAAACAUGUGAAAUGUGGUCGAUUAUUUGUUAUUUCUUCGUUCUUUGUUCGUGAGCGCCCGUUUCAUUCGUUUAGCAAUGAAUAAUUUAACAAAAGGCACACAUAAAAUGAAAGUUCAGUCAUACGUAAUAGCCAUCGAGAGAUGCAUUUGUUUUGAUUCCUAUUGAAUUGGCGACAACGACAACCACGACCACGACAAAUGUGACAAUUUAUUGCUUUAUGAAGGGGUUUUUGUAAGCAAUCAAACGCCAAUUUAUUGUUGGCUAAAAGCAAUUCGUGCAAACAUAUUUACACGAAGGAUUUCCAAUAAAAACACACACACAUCUAUCCGCUAUUUGCUGUGCGCUCUGUUUUUCGCAUGAAUAAAUCUGAUAAACACGGAGCUUUAUCUCACAAAUCCAACUGACACAAAAGAGCCGAAGACGUGACAGAGUGACUGAAAGAGAAAACGUCAGAACGAGAGCGAGAGAGAAAUAGAAUGGUUUGGAUGUACCUGCAAUAAUCCAUUCUCGAGCUAAAAAAGAAAGUACCAACGCAUUCAUAUUGCCAGUGUAAUGUUUGAUGUGCUUCAAAGUACUUGUGAUCUUUUGAUGUGUUCUAUUCACUAUUCUGCUACAACUGGCUGCGUGAUGAAUUUUUUUUUUCCAAGAAGUCAUAGAAGAAUAACAUAAAAAGCUUUAACCAAACACGCGCAGCAACAAAACACGAAAAUAAAAAGUGCAGUGACAAAAUCCCCAAAAGGCACGUGAGAAAGCCACGAAGAGAAAUAAAAUAAUAUCAAAGAAAAGAAGACGAAGAAUAUGUGCUAAAAACUAUUUUCACGACCGGAACAAUGACAUCGCGGAAAAUGUGCUAUUUGCAUCAUUUGUUCUCACUGUGAAUUGGCGAAAAAUACACCACUAUUCGGAGUCAAGCACAUUAUUAAUUAUGUUCGCAUAACGCCAUAAAGGCACACAAUUCAGUUAUUUUUCUUUCAUUUGUUUCGGUUUUGUCGGUGGAUCGGUAUCGGUAUCUCUUUUUAACACGCAGUUGUUGCCAUCGAUAAAAGUUCGCGUGUGUUACAAUUUAUUUCUGUUGUUGUUUUUUUCUUCUCUGUUGUGUAUUUCGUUGUGUUUUUGUUUGUUUUGGAUUGCCAAUCAAAGUGUAUGCUACUAUUUGUUGUUGCUUCAAGCAGACACACGCGGAAUAACGGAAGGGAAAUUCCCCGAAAAAAAGGCCAACAAAUAAACAAAAACAAAAACAAAAAGAAAUCGCUGUAAAUAGUUCGAAGAGUGAGAGAUAGAGAACACAAAAUAAAAUGGGCGAGAAUGGUCAAAAUGACAAUACCAAAUACAAUGAAAACACCGAAACGGGCACAUCAUCGGCGAAAAAUCAAACCCAAUCUCAGCAGCAGCAGCAGCAGCCGUCACAACGACAAACAACCACCAAUCGUUUUGCUGAUUACUUUGUUAUCUGCGGCUUAGAUCUUGACACGGGCCUUGAACCUGACCGUUUCGCUGGCGAUAGUCUUCAUUGUCCCCCAUUGGAUCGAGCUUAUAAGAGUAAAUCAUUGUCACAUUAUCCCGAGCAUGUAUCAUGGAAUCCGUUCGAUAAUCACGGCAUCUGUAUGCUGUCACUGCCGCAAGGUCUACGAUUUCGUACACAAAAACACUCCAUCGAACCGCAUUUCCAUUCGUUUGCGACAACACGCGAGGAUGGCAAACGAUGUCAUGGAUUCAGUUUGAUAUUUUAUGAGGAGGUGCGCAAUCAGGAUAUUUGCAAUGCAAUGCAUACGCUUCAGUCGAUGUUCAUGACAGAACUGUCGAACGGACAGUCGUCGCCAGGUCUGCAACGUGUAAAAGAUAGCCCGAUAUGUCGGUCAUUACCGCGACACUUUAAAUUGGCAGCAAAUACACCAGCCGCAGCAAUGAGCUAUUACAAAAUUAACAAGGAUAAAUUGUAUGUGGCGAAAAGUAUAUCGCUUGUGUGCCAGGUAGCCUACGCUCACGUUGCGGAGAUAUUCUUAACCAAUUUAUACAAAUGUCUUCCUCGUCAGCCGGGGCCAAGUUUGAGCCUUGAGAGUUAUGUGUAUAACAUUUUGUAUGAAGUGAUAAUUCCAGAGCCGGGUCGUUCGAUCCGAAUUUAUUUACCACCUGAAGAACCUCAUUUACCUCCAAUUCCCACAAUUCUACAGCGGCCUGGCCUUUCCGAUGAAUUACCUCUUAUGGACUUUCCAAUUCGUUUGCUAUUCACUUACAUCGGUGUUGAAUGCGUGAUACAGCUCUUCACAUGUGUUUUACUCGAAAGUCAAGUGCUUCUUCGUUCAUCUGAUUAUCAGAAGCUCAUGAUUGUCGGUGAAUGCAUAACGGCGCUACUGUUUCCAUUUGUCUGGCCCCAUGUUUAUGCACCGAUACUUCCAGUGGCGCUCCACCACUUCCUAGAUGCGCCCGUACCAUUUGUGAUGGGUUUGCAUGCCGAUUCGGAAAGCUACUUGAAAAUCGGUAACGAAGCCACUCUCUGCUGUGUUGAUAUUGAUAAAAAGACGAUUCAAUUACCUGAGGAGCUGCCGUUGUUCCCGCAUCGAAGUGAUUUCAUCGCCGAGAUAUCGGCCAUUUUGGACAAAUCCAAUGUGAACUAUCGUGAUAAAAGCGUUCGCGAUGCGAUACAGUCAAUGUCAAGCCAAAUGACCAACAACAGCUCCAUUGCAUCGACCAUUUUUUCCUCAAGGCGUUCGGAUGACGUGAUGACAUCCAGUUGUACACUGCCAUCGGGAAUGCAUACGAGGCGAAAGCUGUCGUUGCAUGACACAUUCGACUGGGACCGUCCAUCGUCACCAAAUGCAUUGGAUGGACAAACGCAACCGUUGUUGGCGCCCGAACCAAAUCGAAUUACCCAAAAGCCACCACUGAACAAUGCAGCGCUGCCGCCACGAAUCGGUGAUAUUAUGCGACGCAGUGGCGUUGGCAUCGACGAUAUUGACUGUAGCACCGAUGUGAUGCCAGCCAAACGAAGAGGACCGUUGUCCCAACAUGAACGCUACUGUGAAGACCUUCGACUAAACAAUUCCGUUCGCGAAAUAUUUUUGAAUCGUUUCGUUCAAAUGUUUGCAACGUAUGAGCAUUUUGUCAUUUUGCCAAAUCAAGAUAAGAACGAAUGGCUGACCAACCGUGAAUCGCUGCAGAAUUUCGAUAAAGCCUCAUUUUUAUCCGAUCAACAACAGCAUCAUCGACCAUUCUUGAGCCGAUUCUUGGAGAGUCAAAUGUUUGCCACGCUCAUCGACAAUAAAAUCAUGGCCAUGUGGGACAGUGACAUCGAUUCAAAUCUUAAACUCUUCGAUAGCCGCAUCAAAAUACUCAAAAAACGACACGGUGGCGACAAUAUGAUCCGUUCAGCGCACUAUGAGCCAUGCAUUUUAGCCCGUGAGACGCAGCGAUUUUUGGACAAGCGAUUGAUCAAUGUGGAUAUGGAAGUGACAGCACCGAGUGAAAUUCUACCAAAUCGACCGGCGUAUUUCCGUAGUUUUCCGAUUUUGGAAAAGUCGGUGUUGAGCCAGGAGUCAGCCUCUAGAGGCAACAGUUUGCGUCGCUUUAAAAAUGGUUCGAAAUGGCGCACCAAAGAGAUUUCCAUCGAUGGAAAACCGCCAACAUUCAGCUCGAGCAGUGCGGCUGCUGCAGCAGCAAAUCGAAAUUCAGCCAAUCUAGCAACAACAGAAUUGAGCCCCGCAUUGUUGGCACAAGCCAAUUGGACAUUUGUUGAGAAAUUAUUGAAAGAUUGCAAAAGUAAAACAAAGCGAAUGCUUCUGGAGAAGAUGGGAACGGAGGCGAUAGCGCUUGGCCUGAGCGGCGAAGUGUCUGUCAUUGGUGUGGAGGAGAACACAAUGAUUGCAUCGCUGUGCGACCUCCUUGAAAAGGUCUGGUCCCAUGGUUUGACCAAUAAACAAGGCAAAUCGGCACUCUGGUCUCAUCUCCACUCAUAUUUGGACACUCAUGACACAAGCAGUCAUCCACCCAAAGACAUUGAUACCAAUUUUCUUACACCAGCUGUCGCUUGGAGUGCGAUGCGGAAACGAAUGGACUAUCUAUCGUCACUUGCCAUUGAGAACGAGUCACCACGAAGUCCAACCCGAGGCCGAUCGAGGUCACGUGACAGAAGAGACUACACACCUGAUCAACUGAAAGCGUUACCGGAAUCACUCGAAUUUGAUAUAAAAAAUAUAUUAGCAAUGACUGAUGUCAAAACGCAUAUUGGAUAUGCACGCGCAUGGGUUCGAUUGGCGCUGGAGAAGAAGCUAUUGUCGAAGCACUUCCGAACUUUACUAUCCGACACAGCGUUACUUCGAACGCUGUACAAGCGCAACGCGUUCGUCCGGUGCGAAGAAGAGAAAGAACAAUUCCUUUACCAUUUACUUACGCUGAAUGCUGUCGACUAUUUCUGCUUCACCAAUACUUAUCCAACAACAAAGUUACCGUAUCGAGUUGUGAUAUUUCCAUCGAAAAAAUACGGACCGGUGACGACCACCGCCAACGUUUGGGUUGCUAUAUCAGGAGCAUUGUGUGAAACGCAACAAGUAACCAUUCCACGCAGUUCACUCGAAUUUGUAUUCCAUCACAAAAACAUGGGAAUAUUAACGACACUUCGGAUAGGUCACGACAAUUCUGGCCCAUCACCCAAGUGGAUGGUCGAGCAUAUACUUGUUCGAAACGAAGUCACUGGCCAUACGUACAAAUUUCCUUGUGGCCGUUGGUUGGGUCGUGGUGUGGACGAUGGUUCAACGGAGCGAUUAUUAGUAGGUCAAUUUGUUCCACGUACAGUCGAUAGCGAAGAGCUUGUGGAAGCUUGUCGAACACCACCGCGAUCAGUCAGCCCAAGUGUUCACCGACCGGAGAUUCGGCCAUCGGAUAUUCAACACAUGUUGGGCGAUUGCGUCAAUGCAAUCGUCAAAUGGCACUAUCGUCCAAAUCGUGAACGUGACACCAGCUCAUUAACAAAUUUAUUGUGCGGCGAAGAUGGCUUAGUGAAGUGCAUGGAGAAUGCAUUUUUGUAUGGAUUCAAGUCACAGCGACUAUUCGGACGGAACUUUUUCAUUUGGGAUUUUCUUGUUAAAGUAAAAGAGCAAUUCGAACUUAAUUUAGUGGAAGAUGCAAUGUCACCGUCAACCGACAACUCAAGUCCGGAAUCUCCACAUUCGCCGGCACAACUCACACCAGCCGCUCGUCAAGAACUAACAGCCAUUUGGAGGUGUUACAACCAUUUAAUGGAUGAAAUCAACAAUGUAACACAGUCACUGGGAAAGGAUGGCAAAUUUCAACUGUUCAUUUGUCUUAGUUUAAGAGAACACUUGCUGCAUCGCAUGCUUCAGCCAAUUGCAGCUACUCAAGUAACUCAGGAAAUGUAUGAAGACCAAAGUUUUAUGCGACGAAAAGGCCUAUUGACCUUUUUACGACAAAUACUCGAACCGUUAGAUGAAUUUCACAUUGUGCUGGAAAAUUCACUGACACAGGGUAUUCCAUCGCAAUGCUAAAUUCAAUCGAACGAACUAGUAGACUAAAGAAAUACUCAACCGUUUCGACAGAUGGAAAAUGAAAUUAUAAUACCAUAAAUGUCAAAGUAUCUGAUUAUUUUACAUAAAUGUACAUUGACACUGUAUACACAACAAAAAAUCUAUAUGAUAUAACCCAAUGGUCACUUGUUUGAUGCAAAAAAUUGUAUGCAGCAGCGCGCAGCUUCGCGCCUAUUCGAAAAUCAUAAAGAGACGUUUUAUGUUCGAACAUGAAGAGAAUCAGUGCUAUUCGUGUAAACAUUGGUUAGUUGUAUAUCAAAAGAGAGUUUUUAUUGAAUAUUCAGAUAUUCUAAAGUAAGUGGAAAAUUGAUUCGCUCGAUCAAUAGCAUUAAUUGGUAGCUCAGCUACACAAUUUCUACGGAUGCAUUCAUUCCGAAUUAAGAUAUUUUGAUUGCUUAAUUUUACGUUUCAAACCGAUUCGAUCAAGCUACAGAAAAUAAGUUGAAGCUAAGCACAAAGCGGCCCGAUGACCUGAACAACGGGAACAUUUGUGAUGGUUUUUAGAAUAGAUAGGCACAAUAAUUUUUAGAUUCGAAAUCGAACUCAAUCGAACAUGCAACGUCUCCUUAUGAUUGUCGCCAAUUCGUUUUCUUCGUGUUCAUUUUUUUCUCUUUAUGUACAAAAAUAACUACCAAAAAUUGAGUUAAAAGACGUCCAGCAACAAGCCAUUUGAAUGUAAAUUUAUGAAUCACCUUGACAAAGUUUAUUUUGAUCAAUUUACCCUUACGUUUUAUGAAUUUAAGUAUAUUAAAGAGUCAUGUUACGAACUGUGUCGUUUAUUGAUAUUUCUAAUCGAUUUUCAGACAACAACAAUAAAAACUAGACAGCUGUAAUGUGUUUAUUCAACCAAAAAUAAAAUUGUGUAAUUAAGAUAAUCAGUAAAAAUUAUUGAAUAAAUGUUUUGAGUUGAGAAAAA